AUGAUAAGUUCACUGCUGCAAAGGUCGCAUCAUGCAGUCAGGAAUAUCACGAAGGUUGCUCGCGUAACGAGUGCUUCAAGAUCGGCAUCGCGGUACUAUACAAGCAGUUCGCAAUCGUCCUCCAGGCAGCCGUUAGGUAGUCGAUCGCUUAUGUUGGCAGUGGCGACAGGCACCAUCACUCUUGCGCUUCUUACCCGCCCGGUUCUUGCCGAUAGUGGAGUUGAUGUGGAAAAGGAACAACAAGAGGAUAUAGAUGGUGUUGUGUCUGGCGCAAAAGGCUCCAAGAAGCAAAGAGAACAGUCCGAUGUCGAUAUCGCUGAGGACUUACGUGAGAAGUACGGAUCAAAUGCUGAGCUACAUGGCGAAUAUCUUUCAUUAAUAGAGGUCGCCAGACAUAAUCUAUCUCAGGACGCGUGGGUGGUAGUAGAAGGGAAAGUCUUUGAUGUGUCCGAUUUCCAUAAAUAUCAUCCUGGAGGGUCGGCGAUAAUUGUGGCCAACGCCGGACGAGACGUCACUGAGCUUUCUAAGCCGGUUCAUCCCCCGAGGACUCUUGAGAAUAACCUUCCUCCCGAGAGCUUCAAGGGCUAUGUCAAUCCCAAAGAAGUGGCUGCUUCAGCAGCGGCAGUAAAAGCGGAACAGGAUCGAGUGGCCAAUGCACGGCUGAAACUUCCUCCGCCGGAGACGAUGUUGGGACUGGAUGAAAUCGAGGAGUCGGCAAAGUCAUUCCUGAGCCCCAGAGUCACCAAUUAUUACAGUGCAUCGUCACUCGAUGGUUACUCUACAGCAGACAAUCGCAACGCUUUCCGAAAAUGUCGCUUGCUGCCGAGAAUCAUGAAGAACGUCAAUACCGUUGCUCCGCAGACGACGAUUUUUGGCAUACCGUCCGCCUUACCUAUCUAUGUAUCUCCUUCCUCAAACGCAUUACUGGGUCAUCCAGAUGGAGAAUUAAAUAUAACCCGUGGAGCAGCGAAGACAGGAAUCGUACAGGGUGUUUCUGCUGCUGCAUCAUUCCCCCUGGAAGAGAUUCUGGAUGAGAAGGAUCGUAUGGACGAAGCGAUCGGAGAGAAAAUGGGAUUAGUCUAUCAAGUGUAUCUACAGAAAGAUCGAUCGAAACAUGAGGCACAAGUGCGCGAGGCGGUGGAAAGGGGCUGCCAGGCAUUGCUUCUCACGGUGGAUUCCAAUGUUGGUGAUCUUCGACAGAGCACCGAGAAGCUGAAGGGUACCACAGGUGACCUAGAACCUGGAAGGAGGAUGGAGCCGUUCACUGAUCCACCAGGAUAUCACGAUCCCACGCAGGAGUGGGAAGAUCUGGCGAAGCUGAAAGAGCUGGCUUCGGGUGUUCCUAUUUACUUGAAGGGUGUAUGCCAUAUUGACGAUGUGAGGAAAGCAAAAGAGGCUGGCUUAGCAGGAUGUAUAUUCUCAAAUCAUGGAGGGCGUCAACUCGAUCAGGCCCGAACUGGUUUUGACAGCUUACGGCAAGUAUACUAUGAGGAUCCCAAUCUAUGCAAAGAGAUCGAGCUGUAUAUCGAUGGUGGUGUAAGGCGAGGAUCGGAUGUUCUGCAAGCUUUGGCGUUUGGAGCGCGCGGAGUAGGUUUAGGACGGCCUUUCCUAUACGCUCAAGCAGCGUAUGGGGAGCAGGGUGUUAUCAGGACUGUGCGAAUCCUAGAGAACGAAAUUCUGAACGCAAUGCGUCUCAUGGGUGUUACCACGAUUGAAGAAAUCAAACCCAGCAUGGUGGAGUGCCUCCAGGAGAUAUGGAAGUGA